AUGGAAACCAUCAAGUUACUAUCAUCUGACGGUAUUGAAUUUACUAUUAAAAGAAAGAUUGCUUUAUAUUCUAAAACUCUUAAUUUAUUAAUAAACACCAAUCCAAAUUAUAUAGAGCACGUAGCAGAAGCAAUUGUUCUACCAAUAAAUAGCAAGUAUCUUGCUAGAAUUAUUGAAUUUUUAGAGUUUAAAGCUUCAAAUAAAAAUGUUGAUGAUUUUGAAAUAAAAGAUGAUGAAACUGUUGACCUGCUUGAUGCAGCAGCUUAUUUAAGAAUAUAA